GCAAGGAAAUUCCGCCUGCUUGUCUUUCAGAAUGAAGUCCGACUUUUAAAGUGAGAGAGGCCGUUCUGUAUGUCACAGUGCAAAAACAAGGGAACUGUCACCACAGCCUGGCGCCCCACAAAAGCAGAAAUACGGAGAAAUGUUCCUCCUGAAAAGGGCUUGAGACGAGCAGAGGAGAAAUGGGAAGUACUGGGAAGAGACGCCGGAGUUCUUUAGGGAUCUUCGUGGUUCUCGCUCUCUGCGCAACGUGCGCCAGCAGUCGAGGACCUGUUGGUGAUGGCCUUGCGGAUUCCCUGUCAUCAAUUGGUGGGACAUUACCUCACUUUCUGCAAGAGCCAGAGGAUGCUUACAUAAUCAAAAAUAACCCAAUCAAGUUGCGUUGCCGUGCGACUCCUGCCCUGCAGAUCUUCUUUAAGUGCAAUGGAGAAUGGGUCCAUCAGAACCAACAUACCUCACAAGAGUACAUGGAACAAAACACUGGGCUGAAAAUCCGCGAAGUUAUGAUCAAUGUUACCAGGCAGCAGGUAGAGGAUUUUCAUGGUCCAGAAGACUACUGGUGCCUCUGUGUUGCCUGGAGUCAUCUAGGAACCUCGAAGAGUCGUAAAGCCACCGUGAGGAUAGCCUACCUCCGAAAGAACUUCGAGCAGGAUCCUCAAGGGGAGGAAGUGCCAAUCAAGGGUAUGAUUGUGCUGCAUUGCCGUCCCCCGGAGGGAGUGCCCAUGGCAGAGGUGGAAUGGUUGAAAAAUGAGGAGUUGGUCAGCUCUCUUCGAGAUGAUAACAUUGACACUCGAGCUGACCACAAUCUGAUCAUCAAUGAAGCCAGACUUUCGGACUCCGCCAACUAUACCUGCCUCGCCAGUAACAUAGUGGCAAAAAGACGCAGUGCCACGGCGACUGUAGUUGUUUUCGUUAAUGGUGGUUGGUCUUUGUGGACCGAGUGGUCACCUUGCAGCGUGAACUGUGGGAGAGGAUUUCAGAAGCGUUCUCGGACCUGUACUAACCCAGCACCUCUGAACGGAGGAGCGUUCUGUGAGGGCAUGUCUGUGCAGAAGAUCGCCUGCAGUGUCGUCUGCCCAGUGGAUGGAGUGUGGGAGGAGUGGAGUGAGUGGACAAUAUGUAAAGCCCAGUGUGAGAGGCAGAGAUGGAGGGAGUGCAACGCUCCUCCACCCAGACACAGAGGCAAGAUGUGUGAGGGAGAAGGUGAAAGCACAGAGAACUGCACGGGGGGAUUGUGUACACAAAAUGGAAAGCUGAUGCAUGACGUUAAGCCUCAGAGUAUGGAUAAUUCUAUCGAUGUUGCGCUGUACUCUGGUCUGGGUGCAGGGGUGAUUGCUGUGGUUGUUCUCAUCGUGGCCAUCGCUCUCUACAGGAAGAGUCAGAGUGAGUACGGAGUAGACGUCAUUGACCCAUCUGCUCUGGCAGGGGGCUUCCAGUCCUUCAAUUUCAAAACCACCAGACAAGGCACUCCAUUUCUACUGAAUUCCUCCAUGCAGCCUGACAUAACAUUGGGCCAGACCUACAGCAGUCCAAUCUGCUUCCAGGACUCCAUUGACAAAGAACUCUUUGACCCCCUGCCAGACAAGGUCAAAGAUCAGAGCUCCUUUAUGGUUUCACUAGGUGUUUCAGACAGAGCUGAGUACCAUGUCAAAUCCCACCAGGAGAACCUUACUGCUGGCCUUCACCCCAACUACAGCACAGUAGAGGGCAAAAAGAUGAGUAUGAUUCCUAAUGGACCGCAUACUCUUGGGAAGCCUCAGUUAAAGACAAGCGCUGUGUUUGGCCACCUGGGUGGCCGAUUGGUCAUUCCAAAUGCAGGAGUUAGUUUGUUGGUUCCUCACGGGGCGAUUUCUGAGGACACUUCUUGGGAAAUGUACAUGCUCAUCAAUCAAGGAGAAUCGAGAGCUCAAUCAGAGGAAAGGUGUGAGAUCCUAUUAGGGCCGGAGAUCACGUAUGGCCCUCCAGGGCUGAACCUGUCCUAUCCUGUUGCCAUGACGAUAGCUCAUUGUGCUGAGGUCAGCGCUGAAAACUGGAACAUUAAACUCAAGAGACAAACCAAGGACGACAAGUGGGAGGAAGUGAUGUCAGUAGAUGAUGAGUCAACCUCCUGCUAUUGCCUGAUGGACUCACAUAACUGUCACUUGUUGCUGGAUCAGCCAGGCUGCUAUGCUCUGGUGGGUGAACCCAUCACUGAUGCAGCCAUAAAAAGACUAAGGAUUGCAGUUUUCGGCAGUAUGGAGGCCUCCUCCGUGGACUACAACCUGCGAGUGCACUGUGUAGAUGACACACCACAUGCCUUUCAGGGAGUGGUCACUGCUGAAAUCAGCAAAGGAGGUCAACUUCUAGAGGAGCCCAAGACUCUGUUCUUUAAAGGGAACUGCCUCAGUCUGCAGGUGUCCAUCCAGGACAUCCCUCAGUUUCUGUGGAACAUCAAACCCUUCACCACCUGUCAGGAAUUCUCCUUCACCCAAGUGUGGUAUAGUAACCAGCAGCCUGUGCACUGUGCCUUCUCACUACAGAGACAUAGCGCCGCAACCUCCCAGCUCUCUUGCAAGAUCAGUGUGCGGCAGGUCAAAGGUCACGAGCAGAUCCUGCAGGUCUACACCUCAGUGGCAGAGAGUGAGAAAGAGACAGUCCCAUUUUUUAUGCAGGCAGAUUGCACGGUCACUUCAGAGACAGGGGCCAAAGCCUUCAAAAUCCCCCUGUCUAUUCGUCAGCGGAUAUGCACCACCUUCGAUACUGCCAAUGCCAAGGGCAAGGACUGGCAGCUCUUAGCUCAGAAACUCCACAUUCAAAGGAACCUGUCCUACUUCACUAAGCAGCAAAGUCCCUCUGCUGUCAUUCUCAGUCUCUGGGAGGCCAGGCAUCAGGACAGUGGAGAUCUUGACUCACUUGCAAGUGCUUUGGAGGAGAUUGGAAAGAUCCAUUGUAAAAGUCUGCCUCAGAGUCCUGAUGAGAAAAAACUGGACUUUAACUUUUGAGGGAUGCCAAACUGGAGACUAAAUUAACUUCCCUUGGUGCAAUUUCCCCAGCAUCUUCUAAAUUAGAGUCCAAGAAGACCCAGCAAAUGUAUAUCAAGUCUGCGUGAAGACUUUGACUAGAUGUGACCAAUCAAACACUUUUAUGUACAUGUGCAAACAUUGGCAACAAUUUGGUGCAGAUUCAACAACUUCAAAACAUUUUACUCGCAGCAAAAAUCAGAAUGUUGUGCCAAGCCUUCCCAUCCUACAUGAAAUUCUGCCUUAGCCCUCCGCUGGUGUUCAUAAUUUUAAAUUGUGUGAUUUGAUUAGUGGCCAAGCUUACGUUUUCUUAACAUAUCCUGAGCCAGAUUCACACUUUAUCUUUGCCUAUUUUUUUUAGCAGUCUUGUGUUUCAGAGUUGAGCGGUAUUUAUAUCCCUUCUGCAUGUUUCUGCUGGCUUGUGCUUUGUUUGCAAUAUACAGUAUGAUGUUUAGAGAAGAGAGGCGAGUGGAAUACACUCAUGCAAACUGCUUUUUUUUUUUGUUUUUUUUUUUGGUUCUCACAGAUUGUGAUUGUGAGCCACUGUGUUCCUUUACUUACAUUAUAAUUGCAUUGUCCAAUUCAGCCCAAGAGAGUUAGAUCAACACCAGCGUUUGUGCGGCACCCCUGCUACGAUGCCCAGAGAUCGCCCACGCGCAUUGCCUGCAAUAAUUCAGCUAAAAUCAACCCAAACCCUCUGUGGAGUAAAAAUGUAAUGUUAGGGGGAAAAUUGCAACCUUAGAAUCGUGCUUGUCACAGAUUAUGCAAACAGAUUACUUCCUGGGUUCUGUAUAGACAAAAGGCGUAAAAAUCAUUACAGCAAGCACCACAUCAUUUUUCCCUUAGAAAGCGUCAAAGUAGAACUCAACCCCACUGACUCAAAUGUAUUAUUCUAUUCCUCUGAACAUUUUAAAGCCUGCUAUGAGUCAAUCAGGGCAAAGAGCAGGUCAGUGUCUUGCCUUUAAUAGUGGGAGUCAGGCUUGAGACAAAUAUUGAUCACAAGAAGCAUUUACUUAACCAGUGCAGAUGGCAGCACAUCCCUUUUGUUAAUGCAUAAAGCUUUUCUUUGAAAUGCAACUGAGGGAGACCACUGUAGAAUGAAGACUCUCUUAUCUCCUCGGACCAAAUUCCACCGUUCAGUGUGAGACACAACGGGGGAACACGGACUGGCUAGCAGGGCAACAUAUAAUAAAGGUCUGAUAAAGGGAAAAGAACUGUGUGGAAACUGCUGUCAGAGUGCAGUAAAAAUGUUACGUGCUUAUUUUCCAAGUCAUCUACUUCAUUAACCUUCUCUCAUGAAAGAGAAAAUGCCUCCAAGAUGCUCAGUGUAGAUGGUUUAAGUUCCAUAGCCACUACAGCUAUCUUAACCAUUAAAAUAUCUCUUACACUGGAUAUUCUUUUUGUGUUUUGCUUGAAUUAUAGGAUUUAUGAAGUAUUUUAGCAAGACUGAUUUGCUGGUCACUUUAUUUUGUGACAAGUGUUAUUUAGAUUCUGGCUGAUACAACGCCAAUCCUCCACAUCACUAUAUAAUAGCCCAAAGAAAUUUCUAUUUUAGUUUUAUUCUUUCUCUCUGUAGCAAUGAGACUCUAUUGUUCCUUUUUAUUUUAAACUAUUUUGCACAUUUACUGUUACCCCAUUAAAAUUAAAUUUAAGGGAUUCAUAUUUUCUUCCGUGGAUCACAAAAGGAGAUGUUUGGCAGAAUGUUAGGGGCUGAUAGCCUCAGUCACCAUUCACUUUCAUUGCUUCUGUUUUCCAUGCAAUGAAAGCGAAUGGUGACUGAGGCUAACAGUCUGCCUAACAUCUCCUUUUGUGUUCCACAGAAGAAGAAAAAAACUGUAUACAGGUUUGGAAGGACAAGCUAGUGAGUAAAUGUCAGACAUAAUUUAAACUUUUGGGUAAACUAGUCCUUUAAGGCACGUCAUUGUGUCGUCGUGUUUACAAAUCUGAAAGAAAAUCCCUUUUGGUGCUCAUUAAGCCUUUUCAAUAUUCAUAUUGUGACAAAUGUCCACAUAAUGGAACAUGAAGUUAAACUUCAAAAAGAACAAAAUAAUAAUUCUAUAAAUGUCAACAAUGCCAGUGUUCUCUAUCAAGGGAAACUUCACAUUUUCCCCCAUUAUUAAGGAUAGCAUUAAUGGUAUUGGAUAAAUUAGUACAUAGCUUUCAAAUGGUAAAGUUAGAAAUGUUUAUCUGCCCCACGUUCAUGUUAUAUUUAGUCCUUUGCUUCAAAUUAUAAUUCUUGUGCCUUGUAUAACUUCUGUAAAUGGUGAAUGUUGUACAGGUUAAGAUGGGUCUACAGAUCAUGCAAUGUACUAUAAUAUAUCAGUUUAAAAAGAAAAACACUGUAAUGCACUGAUAUGCAGGGGUCAAGAGCUUUUCUAGUGCUAUAUAUACUUGUUUGGUAUCACCAGGCCAGCUUUGUUGUAUACUGUAUCUAUGAUUAUGAACAUUUUGGAUGUUUUCUGUACAGUAGAGUUUGCUGAUGUAUAUGCAGUCUUUUGGAAAUAAAUGUACAGCUGAAGAGAGCUGCAACUCUA